AUGAAGACGUACAAUCGUUACGCCACUGUUUUCAGUAUUGUGCUAUUUAUCGUGGUAGUAGUGUUUUUACAGACUUUGUCUUUUUUGGAAAAAUCAAACAAACAGGUUAAAGACGGGCUAACGUUUCUGCAUGAAAUAUCUUCAAAUUUUAGUUUAAUCGCACCAACAAAACCAAUUUCCAGACAGCGAGAUGAUGGAAAGAAAAGUUGUAUUAUAGAUGACUGGAUGCGAUUUGAUCCGUCAGUAGCAACUUUACCACGUCAUAUAUUUUGUGAUGAACUUUCAAAAUCGUCAGAUAUUUUAUGUCGUUGGUUCCUUACUCAAAAUAAUAUCACAGACCACUCUCCUUGUCGUCUCCCGAAAGAUGGGUACAAAGUGCCAAAUAUUGUGUUUUAUGUGACGUUUACAGAAUAUAAGUUUCUUGUAGAACAUUACCUCUGUAUACUCAGUGCCAAAAAGAUCCAGAAACCACAGUUUAUCUAUAUAGUAGGUGAUGUGAUGCCAACUGGUCUGUAUUGGGAGAAACUGUUGAAAGACGUACCAGAAUUAAGAAUUAUAUAUCGACAAAAGCCCGAGUAUAUUUCAAGACAAUUUGCAAGAUGGCCAGCACAUUUGUCUGAUAUUGUACGGGUGCAAAUAUUAUUGGCCAAUGGGGGUAUUUAUAUGGAUACAGAUGAGAUCUUCAUUCAGUCGUUUAAUCCUCUACGAAAUUACAAUAUAACAAUGGGAUUAGUAGAUGUUAAUACUGGUAUGGGCAAUGCUGUUAUUGUGGCUGAAAGACGAUCACCAUUCUUACAGAAGAUGUACGACAAUUACAAACACUUUAAUAAUUCAAACUAUUAUGCCAAUUCGUUAAAAACAGCGUAUUAUCUAUGGAAAAAUGAUACAUCCUCCCUUCAUCUAGAAUCGGAGAACUUCUACCGUCCUGGUUGGUGGCAAGAUGAUCUGUUAUUUGUGAAAACGGGAUUUAAGUGGAGAACUAAGUAUGCUGUGCAUGUCUGGAGUAAAAGAGAUCAACACAGAAUGCCUAAAACUCUUGAUGUUAUUGAUAAUUGGAAUACUACGCUGGGUGAAAUAUUUCGUUACAUUUAUUACGGUGUAUCAAGAUUGAGAAAGAAUCGAGUUUGAUAUAAUGAUCACAAAAUAUUCAAAGAAAUUGGUAUGAAACUGCACAAUCUUGAAAAGUAUCUUACCCAUGUAACAGUAUAUCACGACCUGUAUACACAUGAACCUACGUAUUGUUAUAAAACACACGAAUAGUUCACAAGCAUUUUGGAUCUCUUCCUCGACUUAAGUGGAAUUUUUUAAAAGGUUAUAAUAUUUCAACAAAGCCUUCGUCUAACAUUUACAGCCAUUUCUAAACCUUUAAUGUGAGAUGAAGGCUUGAAAUAAUAUUAUAGCCUUUUCUAACAAUUCGACCUAUUAAAACGGUGGUGAACUACGUUCGUGCGUGUUAUUUCCAUGCGUUCCUUCUUGUAACCUUUAACCUAGGUAUAGUUGUUCCUACUUGAAACCAUUAACCUAGGUAUAGUUGUUCCUGCUUGAAACCUUUAACCUCAGUAGAGUUGUUGCAACGUGAAACUUUUAACCUCUGUAGAAUUGUUACUUACUUAUACUUGCUUUUAAUUGAUAUAAUCAGAAGUUCAUUUUCUGCGACUA